AUGGUCGAACUAAAAAAAUCGGAUGCCCUUUCAGAGGACAACACUUGGGAGCCCGGCGACAGCAAGGAGUGGGCCAAGCCAAUCAAGCCACUGCAAGAGAAAUGGAAACUAGUGCCGGCUUUUUUGCAGGUGAAAGGCUUGGUUAAACAGCAUAUCGAUUCGUUCAAUCACUUUAUUAAUGUGGACAUAAAGAAAAUCGUUCGUGCCAACGAAAUUGUGACCAGCGGCGCAGAUCCACUCUUCUACCUGAAGUAUCUGGACGUGCGCGUGGGCAAGCCAGAUAUUGACGAUGGCUUUAACAUAACCAAAGCGACCACGCCGCACGAGUGCCGGCUGCGAGACACCACCUACUCGGCGCCCAUCAGUGUGGACAUUGAGUACACACGCGGCACGCAGCGUAUUAAGCGCAACAAUUUGCUCAUUGGACGCAUGCCCCUAAUGCUGAGAUGCUCCAAUUGUGUGCUUACCGGCAAAUCCGAAUUCGAGCUGUCCAAGUUGAACGAAUGCCCGCUUGAUCCUGGCGGCUAUUUUGUGGUGCGUGGCCAGGAGAAAGUCAUUCUCAUACAGGAGCAGCUGUCGUGGAAUAAAAUGCUAACCGAGGACUUUAACGGGGUCGUACAGUGCCAGGUCACCUCGUCAACGCAUGAGAAGAAAUCGCGCACGCUGGUUCUGAGCAAGCAUGGAAAAUAUUAUCUGAAGCACAACUCAAUGACCGACGACAUACCCAUUGUGGUCAUCUUCAAGGCUUUGGGCGUAGUUUCCGAUCAGGAGAUAAUGUCUCACAUUGGCCUAGAUGCGCGUUCACAGAAUCGCUUUGGAGCCUCCCUCUUGGAAGCCUUCAAUCUGAAGGUCUUCACACAGCAGCGUGCCCUGGACUACAUGGGUUCCAAGCUGGUGGUGAAGCGUUUCCAGAGCGCCACCAACAAAACACCUUCGGAGGAGGCCCGUGAGCUGCUUUUGACCACGAUUCUGGCUCACGUGCCCGUCGACAAUUUCAACUUUCAAAUGAAGGCGAUUUAUGUAUCGCUAAUGGUUCGUCGAGUGAUGGCCGCAGAGCUAGACAAAACGCUUUUCGAUGAUCGCGACUAUUAUGGCAAUAAACGAUUGGAGCUGGCCGGAUCGUUGAUUUCGUUAAUGUUUGAGGAUCUGUUCAAGCGCAUGAACUGGGAGCUAAAGAUGAUAGCGGACAAGAAUAUACCCAAGGUGAAGGCGGCACAGUUUGAUGUGGUCAAGCAUAUGAGAGCGGCACAGAUCACCGUUGGCCUCGAGUCCGCGAUUAGUUCUGGAAAUUGGACGAUCAAACGUUUUAAAAUGGAACGCGCUGGCGUUACCCAAGUGCUAUCGCGGCUCAGCUACAUUUCGGCGCUGGGCAUGAUGACACGUGUGAACUCCCAGUUUGAGAAGACGCGCAAGGUGUCCGGACCGCGUUCACUGCAGCCGAGUCAAUGGGGCAUGCUGUGCCCCUCGGAUACGCCCGAGGGCGAGGCUUGCGGCCUGGUUAAGAAUCUGGCGCUAAUGACGCACAUAACGACCGAAGUGGACGAACGCCCAGUGAUGACAUUGGCCUACAAUGCCGGCGUCGAGGAUAUACGCGAAGUCAGCGGCAAUCCCAUCAAUAAUCCGCACGUUUUUCUUGUCUUCAUCAAUGGCAACGUUCUGGGCCUGACAAUUAAUCAUCGGCACCUGGUGCACAAUUUGCGCUAUAUGCGCCGCAAGGGACGCAUGGGCAGCUUCGUCUCCAUACACACCUCCUACACGCAGCGCUGCAUCUUCAUACAUACGGACGGUGGGCGCUUGUGCCGUCCAUAUAUUAUAGUCGAGAAAUCGCGUCCCCUGGUGCAGCAGCGUCAUCUGGAUGAACUGUUGCGCGGCGUACGUAAAUUUGACGACUUUCUACAUGACGGACUGAUUGAGUACUUGGAUGUGAAUGAGGAGAACGAUUCGUUUAUUGCCUGGAACGAAGAGCACAUUGAGCCGCACACAACGCAUCUGGAAAUUGAGCCCUUCACAUUGCUAGGCGUCUGUGCUGGUCUGGUGCCGUAUCCGCAUCACAAUCAGAGCCCCCGCAACACCUAUCAAUGUGCCAUGGGUAAACAAGCCAUGGGCAUGAUUGGCUACAAUCAAAAGAAUCGCAUCGAUUCCCUCAUGUACAACUUGGUCUAUCCGCAGGCCCCAAUGGUCAAAUCACGCACAAUUGAGUUGACCAACUUUGACAAGCUACCUGCUGGGCAAAAUGCCACGGUGGCUGUAAUGAGCUACUCCGGCUAUGAUAUUGAGGAUGCACUCAUCUUAAACAAGGCAUCGAUUGAUCGCGGCUACGGGCGUUGUCUGGUCUAUAAGAACUCCAAGUGCACUGUAAAGCGUUAUGCGAAUCAGACAUUUGACAGGAUUAUGGGGCCGGUUAAGGAUGCGCUGACCAACAAGGUAAUCUUUAAGCAUGAUGUGCUGGACACGGAUGGCAUUGUUGCACCUGGCGAACAGGUGCUAAACAAACAAAUUAUGAUUAAUAAGGAAAUGCCAGCGGUGACAUCCAUCAAUCCACUCGAAGGUCAAUCUACCCAGGUACCCUACACUGCUGUCCCCAUUAGCUACAAGGGACCUGAACCCAGUUAUAUUGAGCGUGUGAUGGUCUCGGCCAACGCUGAGGAGGACUUCCUUAUCAAAAUUUUGCUGCGCCAAACGCGCAUACCGGAGAUUGGCGAUAAGUUCAGCUCGCGGCAUGGACAGAAGGGUGUUACGGGACUCAUUGUGGAUCAGGAGGACAUGCCCUUUAAUGACUAUGGCAUAUGUCCGGACAUGAUCAUGAACCCGCAUGGUUUUCCCUCACGUAUGACAGUGGGCAAGACACUGGAGCUCCUAGGCGGCAAGGCUGGCGUCCUGGAGGGCAAAUUUCAUUAUGGCACAGCUUUUGGCGGCUCUAAGGCGGCGGAUGUGCAGGCGGAGCUGGUGCGUCAUGGAUUCAACUAUAUGGGCAAGGACUUUUUCUACUCGGGCAUAACGGGUGCACCACUAGAGGCUUACAUUUACUCGGGCCCGGUGUACUAUCAGAAGCUGAAGCACAUGGUGCAGGACAAGAUGCAUGCCAGAGCACGUGGCCCAAAGGCUGUGCUCACUCGCCAGCCCACCCAGGGUCGCAGUCGUGAGGGCGGCCUGCGCCUGGGCGAAAUGGAGCGCGAUUGCCUUAUAUCUUAUGGAGCGAGCAUGCUAAUAAUGGAACGCCUCAUGAUAUCAUCCGACGCAUUUGAGGUAGAUGUAUGCCGUACCUGCGGCAGACUGGCCUACUGCUCCUGGUGCCAUUUCUGUCAGUCGUCGGCGCACGUCUCCAAGAUAUCCAUGCCGUAUGCCUGCAAACUGCUUUUCCAGGAGCUCACCAGCAUGAAUGUGGUACCCAAACUAAUACUGGAGAACUACUAGUAAACGCUUUUAAAGAUUAGAUAUAUGUAUAUGACUGGAGGCAAGAGAAUAAACUGUAUGUUUAUGUU